ACCAAAACACUAACGUUUUUUUUAACCUAUCCUAUUACUCCCACUUUAUUACCAUUAAGCCCUUUCAUUUUCACAUUAAUUACUAUCUUAACCCCUCUUCUUCACUCAUUUACUUACUACAACAAACAACGCUCUCUCUCACCGUUAUCAUUCACUCCUAACUCUCUCUGCAACAACAAUGGCGUCUACACUCUCUCCCUACAUUCUUCUUCUUCUUUUCUCUUCCCAUUUUGUCCUCAUUGUUCAUUCUUCCACAAACCCAGAUUUAGAAUCUCUUAUAUCUUUCAAAACACUUUCAGACCCAUCAAAAAAGCUCACAACUUGGAAAACCGGAACUGACCCAUGCACUUGGACCGGCGUUUCAUGCGUCAAAAACCGAGUCACUCGACUCGUUCUCGAAAAUCUAAACUUACAAGGCUCCAUUGAACCAUUAACUUCUUUAACUCAGCUUCGAGUUUUAAGUCUCAAAGGAAACCGGUUUUCCGGUUCACUUCCAACUCUCUCCAACUUCACUUCUCUUAAGCUUCUAUUUUUAUCUAACAACCGUUUCUCCGGCGAGUUUCCGUCGACGGUGACGUCACUUUUCCGUCUCUACCGUCUCGAUCUGUCGAAUAACAACUUCUCCGGCGAGAUUCCGGCGAAGGUCAACCGUUUGACUCACCUCCUCACUCUCCGUCUUAACGAGAAUCAGUUCUCCGGUCUCAUUCCUGAACUUCACCUUCCUAACCUUCAAGACUUUAACGUCUCCGGGAAUAUUCUCUCCGGCGAGAUACCGGAAACCUUAUCAGGUUUCUCCGGUUCAUCUUUCGGGCAAAACCCGUUUCUUUGUGGUGCUCCGUUGAAGAAAUGUGAAGCCGAACCGAGCAAACCGGGUUCUGAAGGUGCCAUUGCUUCACCAUUGGUACCAAGUAGUAGAAUUCCAACCGUUUCAUCUUCACCAAGCACAAUGCCAACAACAACACCAACAACAAACGUUAAAAGCCAUGAAAAAAGAGGUUCUAAAAUGAGUCCUAUAGUUUUGAUAGCUAUUAUAGUUGGUGAUGUUUUUGUUCUUGGAAUAGUGUGUUUACUUCUUUAUUGCUAUUUUUGGAGAAACUAUUCUUCAAAAUCAAAGGAAGAAAAAAAGGGGUUGAAACUAUUUGAGAGUGAAAAGAUAGUGUAUUCAUCAAGUCCAUACCCUACACAAGGAGGGUUUGAGAGGGGUAGAAUGGUAUUUUUUGAAGGAGAGAAAAGAUUUGAACUUGAGGAUUUGUUACGUGCUUCUGCUGAAAUGCUUGGGAAAGGUGGAUUUGGAACUGCUUAUAAAGCUGUUCUUGAUGAUGGAAAUGUUGUUGCUGUGAAGAGGUUGAAAGAUGCACAGAUUGCAGGGAAGAGAGAAUUUGAACAGCAUAUGGAAGUUCUUGGAAGGAUUAGGCACCCAAAUGUUGUUAGUUUAAGGGCUUAUUAUUUUGCAAGAGAAGAGAAGUUAUUAGUGUAUGAUUACAUGCCUAAUGCAACUUUGUUCUGGCUUCUUCAUGGAAACAGAGGACCAGGAAGAACCCCACUGGAUUGGACCACAAGGCUCAAGAUAGCAGCUGGAGCUGCUAAAGGAGUAACUUUCAUUCAUAACUCGUGCAAAUCCCUUAAACUCACUCAUGGUAACAUUAAAUCCACCAACAUACUUCUUGACAAGCAAGGAAAUGCACGAGUAUCGGAUUUUGGGCUAUCAAUUUUCAACGGCCCAAGCCCGUCAGGAGCUGGUAACAGGCCAAACGGCUACCGUGCUCCUGAGGUUUUAGAUGGUCGAAAACAAUCCCAAAAAUCUGAUGUGUACUCUUUCGGUGUUCUGUUGUUAGAGAUGCUGACAGGAAAGUGUCCGUCUGCUGGGGAGAGUGGUGGAAGUGGUUAUGGUGGGGGUGUGAUUGAUCUUCCUAGGUGGGUGCAAUCAGUAGUUAGAGAGGAAUGGACUGCUGAAGUUUUUGAUUUGGAGUUGAUGAGGUAUAAGGAUAUUGAAGAGGAAAUGGUUGGAUUGCUUCAGAUUGCUAUGUCGUGUACCGCUGCUUCACCUGAUCAACGGCCAAGGAUGUCACACGUUCUUAAGAUGAUUGAGGACUUGCGUGGGGUCGAGGUGUCUCCCUGUCAUGACACGGUGGAAUCUGUCUCCGAUUCACCUUCAUUGUCUGAAGAUGCCUGUGCUGGUACUGCUAGUCAGUAAACUUUGUUUGGAGGGGGGUUUUAACUUUGUUUUUCAUUAGAUGGAAUGAAUGAAUAGGUUAUUCUAUAUAUGGUGGUGGUAUUGUAAAUCACAUUAUUGGGGGUUUUAUUUUUCAAAUUUUGGUCUUUUUCUUA